GUAAAGUAUAGAAAACCGUUACCUAAAUGUUAUGAACAAUGGCUUCUCAAAGUUUGAGUUUACCAACAGUGCAUAUUCCUUCUAAAAGUUUGAUUCAGAGGCUUGAUUCCAAGUCUUUGUUGUGGCCUUCACGUGCUCAUUCCAAACCCAGAAGAGUUUGUUCCUCAAUUCGGGCAAUGGGUUCAUCUGCUUCUUCCCAGUCACAACAAGCAGACAACAUUCAAUCUGAAGCAGCAGCUGGUACUGUUGAUUAUAAAUCUUUAAGCGGUGAAGAGUGGAAGAAGCGGUUGACAAAUGAACAAUUCUAUAUUACUCGUCAAAAAGGGACUGAGAGAGCUUUUACUGGGGAGUACUGGAAUACCAAAACUUCAGGGACUUACCAUUGCAUAUGUUGUGACACACCUUUAUUUGAAUCAUCUACUAAAUUUAAUAGUGGAACUGGGUGGCCAUCCUAUUACCAGCCAAUUGGAAACAAUGUGAAAUCAAAGUUAGAUUUGUCAAUUAUUUUCAUGCCACGCCAGGAAGUUCUUUGUGCAGUUUGCGAUGCUCAUCUUGGACAUGUGUUUGAUGAUGGUCCUCCACCCACAGGAAAGCGUUACUGUAUCAACAGUGCUGCACUUAAGCUUAAACCAAGCCAAUAGAUAGUGAACUAUCACUUAGAAGCAGGUGGGAUAAUAUAAGAGACGGUGAAGACUGUUGAGAAGCUUGUAAAUGAUUCAUAUCAUAUACUUUGUACUAUUUUUCUUAUUUGGGGACAAAAUUGUCACACACCAUCUGCGUUAUAAAGCAUCCCAGAAGCACAUGAUUAUUAUAGUGAAGACUCAAAUUUUCAUA